GGGGUGAGGGCGCUCGGUAGCCGCGUGUGGCUGCUGGAGCGGAGGUUGCGUGUGAAACGAGGAGGAGGAGGGCUUGGCAGGCAGGCAGGCAGCCCUCCCUCUGCUCCCCCGGGGCAGUGCCGUGGCUCUUUUUUCUCUCCUGGCCCAGGCAGGGAUUUACCAAAGGCUCCUUUCCGCCAUCGCUCACCUACGCUGUCGUACCUGCAGCCCUGCCGACCUUCCUCCCUCUGUCGGUCGCGUUUACUGCACAGGGGCCUCUGUCCCUGCAUCACCCUGUGUUUUUGGGGGGUUGGUGCUGUACAGCCAGCCGGGGGGUCCAGCAGAAAUGGGAGGCUCUGGGUACCUCGUGAGCACGGGCCUACGUGCAUAGAUCUCAAACAGCCCCUGGGGAAGCACAGAUCUCGAACAAACCCUGGUCAGAACCUUCCCUGCCGGGUCUGCGGCAGCCCCGGGGCAGGGGAUGGGCUGCGUUACUUAACCGGAGCUGCAGCCGAGGUAGUUAGCUGGCUGAAAGUAGGCUGGUUUUAAAAGCUGGGGAAGGUAAGAGGAAAAACAAAAUAGUAAAGAUAAGAAGUGUUUCUCCCCCGGGAGAAUUUUUCCUGGAUGAAUGUGGCCGGCUCUUUUUACAAACAAACAAACAAACAACAACAAAAAAAAAACAGUGAAAAAUAAAUGUCUGAAUGAAAAGAGUCAGCCGAUGAUUCUCCUCACUGGAUGGACAAACCUGUAAGGCGGAGAGUUGUGCAGCGACAUUGGAAGUCUUGUAGCGAUAUUCUCAACUCUGAGAUCUCUUGAGGAAAAAGAAGAAUAAAAAUGUGUGCUGUUCUUCAAGGAUCGCUGGCAUGGUACUUAAGGUGUUCUUUCCUUCAUGCUGCUCCUCAGCAGAAAGUGGCAUUUUGAUCGGGCGUUGGAUCUCGGAACAGAACUCUGCUGUUAUCCUUGCUGUGGUCCAUUUCCCUUUCAUUCCCGUUCAGGUGAAGCAGUAUCUCAGUGAACUCCAACGGGUGACUAAGGUCAAUGUUUCUGUGCUUGGCUCAUGGAACAACAGCAAACAGGAGAAAGAAGAGAGCCUGAGUGAGUUCUUGGAAGACCUUGGGACGAUAUUCUCCCAUGAGCCCUGGAUUCAGAUAAGCAAAGAGGGAGACAGCAAAUUCUGGAGCUGUUCCACCCUUCAGAAACGGUCUAAUAACCACAGGGAAGAAGAAAUCAUCUUAGUGUAUUAUGAUCAGCGCAAAGUUAUGCUUUCCUGUCUGCAUCCCCCUUUGGACACAGGUGCCUCCACUGCCCACGAGGCAGAGGAUGCUUCAAGGCUCUCUGCCAUCUUUGACACCGUGGCAAAGAGCAAGAUACUCUUCAUGACGGACAAAUAUGAUGAUGGGCCCAUCAAGCUGACCCACUGGCAGUCGGAUGGUGUUGAAGCAAGUAUCAUCGUGGAGCUGAUGAAGCAGGCCUCUGUGCCCGCGUGCAUGCUGCUGACAUUCCUGCUUUCGCUUAUCUCUGGGGCCUGCAAGAGCAGGAUGCUGAAGUUUUGGCCUUUGUCUUUCUUGUGGAGCAAACUCUCAACUUGUGAGCAGCUGGCACAUCGGCUGCAGCACCUCCAGGUCAUCAGCAGCAACAAGAAGGCUCAAAAUCAGACCCAGCUAAUGAGGAAAGCCAACAUCUUUGUCUCUCUGCUGAUUGAUGUGGCUCUGGGAAUACUGCUAAUGUCCUGGCUGUACAGAAAGAACCGGAUCGGUCACCUUGCUGACACUCUCAUCCCUGUGGCUGAUCAUGUAGCUGAAGAGCUCCAGGACCUGCUCCAGUGGCUAAUGGGAGCACCAGCUGGACUGAAAAUGAACCGAGCUUUGGAUCAGGUGUUGGGCCGUUUCUUCCUUUACCACAUCCAUCUUUGGAUUAGCUACAUUCACCUGAUGUCCCCAUUCAUUGAGAUGAUCCUCUGGUAUGUCGGUCUGUCGGCUUGUCUGGGCCUGACUGUGGCUCUCUGCAUCCUCUCUGACAUCGUUGCACUUCUGACCUUCCACAUCUACUGCUUCUAUGUCUAUGGAGCAAGGCUCUACUGCCUGAAGAUUUACGGCCUGUCAUCCCUCUGGCGCUUGUUCCGUGGGAAGAAGUGGAACGUCCUCCGGCAGCGGGUGGAUUCCUGCUCCUAUGACUUGGACCAGUUAUUUAUUGGCACAUUGCUAUUUACAAUCCUGCUGUUCCUCCUGCCUACAACUGCACUGUAUUAUUUGGUGUUUACCCUGCUCCGUUUGCUGGUGGUGAUUGUGCAAGGCCUGAUACACUUGCUAGUUGAUCUGGUUGACUCUCUGCCUCUUUAUUCAAUCAUCCUUCGGCUCUGCAGAUCCUACAGACUUGCAGCCGGUGUGAAGUUCAGAGUCCUUGAACAGCAGGAUGGAAAACCUCUUCGACUCCUUAUGCAGAUCAACCCUCUGUCGUAUGGCAGUGUGGUACAGACAUACAGGCUGCCUACGUACAGCUGUUACCCUAAGGAUUCCUGGACAUCCCUCUGCAAGAAGCUGUUCCUUGGAGAGCUGAUCUACCCUUGGAAACACAAAGGAGAGAAGCAGGACUAAGCAAAGCAGAAGAGCCAGGACUGAAAGGCUUGGUCAGAAAAACGUACUGACUCCUAAUGCUUUUGGACCAAAGGUAUCUCAGAGCCAACAGCUGCUGGAUCCCUUUAAUUAGAUUUUGUUAAUGUGGGAGGGGCUGAAUUCUUAAAAGCAAGUAUUUUUAAACAUUGUUCUUCAACUUUCCCCUUCCCCUACACGAUGUUUGAGCUGGUUUGGUUUCCAGGCUGUUUCUUGUUAAUGUGGUGUUAUCCUACCCGCGAUGUCUGCCUGCUGGCACCAGGGGCUAAUGAUUUUUUUCUGAUGCAAAAGGUGAAACCCAUCAGUGCCUCAUGGAACCAGCAUUUAGUGUAAUCAAGGAAGUACCCCUUGAAUGGUUUCAUGCUGUAUAUAUCUUUCCAUGUAAGUUCACAGGGUCAUAUGAACCAGCCCUUCAGGUGGUUCAAAGUCACAAUGUUGAGGUGCAUUCUACCAAAGGGCAUUUUGGACCUUUUAUGCUUCAGCAUUCAAGCCAGCUGAUCAAAGUGAACAUGAAGGAUCAGCUUUUAGAGUCACACACUGAAAAUUGUACAGUGGGAUUAUUCAGGUUCAGGGGAUAUUUAUUCUUUUCCUUUUGGUUGGGCUUGGAUUCCGCCCCCUGGCCAGUGGAGCACCAAAGCAGGUGUGAGCAUAGAAACAACGGGACUGGAGGCCCAAAAACAUAGACUGUGGUUCAUUUGUGCCUACAUGAAACACAGAGGAUCUCAUCGACGUUUUUCAAAAGCAAAUCUGGGGAGAGCUGAGCCCUGAGCUGACACCAGAACUGGAAGUGCAGGGCGCACAGCCUCAAACCCCAGCCUGCCCAGGCUGACACGGCAGCGAGCCGUGGUAGCUGAGAGCUCAGGGCCCUGCCAAGGCUCAGGGCUUCUUUCUCAGUUGCAGUCCAAGGCAAACACAGCUUUGCUGAGUCCAGCUCCGGCUGUGGUGUCUGCCAGAGGACUGCAGCAGCCCAGCUUGGUAUGCAGCUCAAGCAGCGCAGGGAAGUGUGUGCUGGGUUCCCUUGCAGGGUCAGUACAUCUCCCUGUUUCUCAGGGCCCAGAUGAGAGCCUCUUCUUGUGCUGCCUCAUCUUUUGCACGUUCUGGUGGUCAAAGAGAUUUUGAAGUGAUUUCAGAUGAGGUAUUUAAAGCCACUUCUUUCCCUGUAACUGUAGACACAUUUGUCUCAGGAGGAUUUUCCUGCUUUGGAUGCUACCUCUGCAGUGCAGCAGUGACUGGCUUUUCUGCAUCCUCUUCUGACUGUGUGCUUAUUUUGACAUCUGUUCCCCUUCCCAGUGAGUCUUCUCUUCCCUGUCUUGGGGAGAGUGCUUCUGUGUACAAGAGUGUGAUGUCCCGCUGUGUACUUUGCUGUUGUGCAGACAGUUUUAUACAAUCGUUACCUGAAAGUACACAGACUCUGGGUCUGCGAGCUCCUCCUGCCCUGACUGAAACAGUGAUGUAGUGUCACGGCACCCUGCUGCUGCUUUGCACUCCCCAAAUGGCUGCGUUAAAUGGCAUCCUGGAUCCUUUCCUCGGCCCCAGAAGGCUCUGUUUGUCCAAGGGCCCAGAGGACAGACAAGGAGGAUGUGUGUGUUGUGGCAGUCUGCACCUCCACUCGCAGGUUAAGAAUUUCCUACCCCAGCCCCAUGUCUCGUCUGUGUGCCUGGAGACAGCGCAGAAGAGAAGGAUUACAGCCCCAGGAAUGUUGGCUGCUUUACAGCGUCCCUGGCAGGUACAUUUCGUUUGUCUGUAGCUGCUAACAGCCGCUGGCAGUGCAGCCACUGCCUCUGCAGUCUUAGCUUGAUGGAAAGAAAAUGAAGCUCUGUAGGCAAGUGUUUGGUCCAGACAUUCCUUAGCAGGCAAGCACAGAAGCUGCCCAGGUCUUGCAGUUUUCUUAAGGGCAUGGUGAGGGAAGGCAGCAUUGCACAGGCACUGCUACCAAAAGGUGAUGAUGUGGUUCCUUCGUCCGGGGCCCGGGUGGCAAAAAGCCUCUCCGCCACUGUUGCCGCCUCUGGCUCUGGAUGGGCCAUCAUUAGCUGCAGAAACUGGAGAGAUUCUUGUUGUUCUUUAAGGAUCAGUGCUUAAAACUCAUGUACAAAUACAGUAUCUUCUUUU